AUGCCGCCCUCCCCCUUGACCGUGACGCUCAUCCAAUCGACCAUCCUCAACGCCCUCUCCAACAUCAUCGCCCAAGUCAUAGACCGCCAUAAAGAAAACAAACCCUUCACCCUAAACACAAUCGCUCUAAUCCAAUUCGUCGCCUACGCCAUCAUCAUCGUCCCCAUCAACUUCUCCUGGCAGAGAUACGUCGAAGCCACCUUCCCCGGAUUUCCGUCCUGGCGCAACCCCGAUCCUAGCAGUAGUGCCAGCGGCAGUACCAGCGGCAAUGUCGCGCUCGUCGCGCCCUCCACGCCAGAUGAUCUUCUCCCGCGAAAGGAGAAGCCCUCGCGGCCGAGACCGCGUUCCGGCAUGUGGAAUUUCGGGAUGAAGUUUCUCCUCGAUCAGACCGUGGGCUCGGUCAUGAAUAUCGUCUUGUUUAUUGUUCUGAUUAAUCUUCUAAAGGGGAUGAGCUGGGCGACUGUCUAUCGGCUUACUUGUGAGGACUUUGGUCCGAUUAUGAUCGCACGGCUCAAGUAUCGGCCGCUUGUAUCCGUCCUAAUGUACACGGUCGUGCCGGUCGAUCGACGAGUGGUGUUUGGGAGCGCCUGCGGCGUCGUAUGGGGCGUCUACCUCAGCCUCUAUGCGGCUGUUUGA